ACAUUCAAUAAAUUUCUCUUUUCAAUUCAAAGUUUUAGACUAAAAAAAUAUAAUGAAACCCCAAAAAGAAGAAAAUAAGAAAAAUAAAACCCCCAAUUCCCAACGCUCUCAAAAAUCCUCUCCGAAUUCCCUUCUUCAAUCAUUACAAGAUUUUCAAAUUCCAUUCCAAAACUCCAUCCAUCGAUUCAAUAAUUCUUCUUCCUCUGACCUUUCUCCAUGGCGUCGCUUCUCAAAUUCAAGCUCCUUCCGACGCACUGCGGCGUCGCUCAGAGUCCUACUUUAAGCCCUAGGACCAGUCCUCUCGUUCACCUCCGCCGUCGGAAAACCACUCUUCGGAUGCUUCUCACUCGGAAUUCCGGCCGUCGGUCUCCUCGUCGCCGCUCCUUACCGGAGAAUAAGAACAGAGACGACCGUAAGGGUUUGUCGCGGAGUAACACGUUGAAGGAUUUGUUCGUUUCCUCGCCACCGUAUCUUGGAACUGACUGUGAUGUUCACCAGACGGCGGUCACGGCUCCAACCCGGAACGUGACUCCAGUUUGUGAGAAGGAGAAGGAGGAGGGUCACGUUGGAUCACCCGGUUGGAAUCCCGGUUCCCCUAGACCGGGUUGGACCGGUUUCCGAUAUAAAUACUUGCUUCGGAAAACUUGGCGGCCGGUGCUCGUCGGAAUCCCCGAGUAAUGGAUUCUCUUUUUUUUUUUUUUUUUUUUUAGUUUUAAAAGAAAACAUCUUUUAAUUAAUUUAAAAAUAUAUCUAAUCUAAUAUUUCUAUGUUUUUUUAGUAUAGAUUUCAAUCUUUACUUAAAAUAGGGAUGGGGGAAAGGAUUAAGAUCUUAAUCAAGUGGGUUUGGGGAAAUAAUAAUUUGUUGCUAUGGAAAAUUAUGAAUAGAUUUCCCAUGAGUGGGAAUUUGCUUAUUUUUCUGUUCAAUUUUACGCUUGUUUAGUUUUUCUAAUCAUAUGUUAAUUAGUCAAAUUAACUCUAUACAAUUCGUAGUACCAAAUUUAAGGCUUAAA